AUGGCAAGUGUAGCAACUAAAUUGGCCCGAGAAAAGGCAGCACUAGAAGGUCUUGGUUCCAAUGCAAAUGCAGUGAAGUACUUAAACCAGGAUUUUGAGGCUCUAAGGAGGCAGUGCUUGCAAACCAAUACUCUCUUCAAAGAUGAAGAAUUCCCAGCUUGCCCUUCUGCUCUUGGCUAUAGGGAUUUGGGGCCCUACUCUCCUAAAACUCAAGGCAUUAUCUGGAAACGACCCCCAGAACUAGUCCCAAAGGCUCAGUUCAUUGUUGGAGGAGCAACUCGGACAGAUAUUCGUCAAGGAGCCCUGGGUGACUGUUGGCUUUUGGCAGCCAUUGCAUCUCUCACAUUGGAUCAAGAAAUAUUAGAUCGGGUUGUUCCCAAAGAUCAGAGCUUCCAGAAAAACUAUGCUGGGAUCUUUCACUUCCAGUUCUGGCAAUAUGGAGAGUGGGUAGAUGUUGUUGUUGAUGACCGGCUCCCCACCAAAAAUGGACAGCUAGUUUUUUUACACUCAGAAGAAGGAAAUGAGUUCUGGAGUGCCCUGCUGGAGAAGGCCUAUGCCAAGUUGAAUGGCUCCUAUGAGGCUCUUAUUGGAGGAUCUACUCUAGAAGGUUUUGAAGAUUUUACUGGUGGCAUCUGUGAAUCUUAUGACCUCAGGAAAGCCCCACCCAACCUGUACCAAAUCAUCUUGAAGGCUCUGCAAGCUGGUUCAUUGUUGGGCUGCUCAAUUGAUAUCACCAGUGCAGCUGAAACAGAAGCAAUCACAAGUCGGAAGCUAGUCAAAGGUCAUGCUUACUCUGUAACUGGGGCAGAAGAGGUUAACUACCGUGGCCACCCAGAGAAACUAGUCAGGAUAAGAAAUCCAUGGGGUGAAGUGGAGUGGACUGGAGCAUGGAGUGAUAAUGCUCCUGAGUGGAAUUAUAUUGACCCUGCACAAAAAAAAGCUCUGGAUAAGCAAGCAGAUGAUGGUGAAUUUUGGAUGUCCUUCUCAGAUUUUCAAAGGCAGUUUACAAGGCUUGAGAUUUGCAAUUUGACUCCUGACACCCUGACAAGCAAUGAGGUUCAUAAAUGGAGCCAGGCUUUGUUCAAUGGACACUGGCGGCGAGGAUCUACAGCUGGCGGCUGUCAAAACUAUCCAGCAACAUACUGGACCAACCCUCAGUUUAAAAUCAAGCUGGACGAGCCAGACAGGGACCAUGAAGGAAGUGUGGGUGAAUCAUGUUGCUCAGUACUGCUGGGCCUGAUGCAGAAGAAUCGCAGAAGGCAGAAGAGGAUGGGGGAGGGGCUGCUCAGUAUCGGAUUCUCCCUUUAUCAGGUUCCGAAAGAGUUGGGAAACCAAACCGAUGUUCAUCUAAACAGAGAUUUCUUCUUAAGGAACAGACCUGUGGCUCGCUCUGACACAUACAUCAACCUGCGUGAAGUGUCAAACCGCUUCCAUCUGCCUCUAGGAGAGUACCUCAUUGUGCCAUCUACCUUUGAACCUUUCAAAGAUGGCGAGUUCUGCCUCAGGGUCUUCUCUGAGAAACAUGCUAAAGCUCAGGAAAUUGGUGAUACUGUGGCUGCAAAUCCAUAUGAGCCUCACAUUGCUGACAACGACAUAGACAGUGAAUUCAAGAGUCUGUUUCAAAAGCUUUCUGGGGAGGACUGUGAAAUGACUGCAAAUGAACUUCAGACAAUUCUGAACAGAGUCAUAUCAAAGAGAACAGACAUUAAAAGUGAUGGAUUCAACAUAAACACCUGCAGGGAGAUGAUCAGCCUCUUAGAUAGCAAUGGAACGGGCACCCUGGGGGUUACAGAAUUCAAGAUUCUUUGGAUGAAGAUUCAAAAAUACCUGGAAAUCUAUAAGAAAGUAGAUAUGGACAAGUCUGGAACCAUAGAUGCGAAUGAAAUGAGAAAUGCCCUCAAGGAAGCAGGCUUCACUCUGAAUAACAAGAUCCAGCACAGUAUCACUAUUCGCUAUGCCUGCAGCAAGCUGACCAUUGACUUUGAUGGCUUCAUGGCCUGCAUGAUUCGCCUGGAGACUCUUUUCAAAAUGUUUCAGAUCUUAGACAAGGAUAAGUGUGGAGUUGUCCAGCUCACCCUGGCUGAGUGGCUGUGUUCAACACUGGUUUAAGAAACAAUUGGAAUUCAUUUGCAAACGCUACAGCUUUUCAACCAGGAAGCUUCUGAGAAAAUAUUUAUUCUAUCUAUGUCUUAAAGAUAAGAAGGAAAUGAAGGAAACAGUGAUUGAUUUCAAAUGUUCACAAGGUCAUUCCUUGAUUUAUGGAAGAAAGUCAAUUUCAGUUGAUACCCUCGCUAUAUAGACCUUUUAUUGAUUCUGCCACCAUUUAACAUUUAUUAAUACUAACAGUGUUCUGGGAGGUAUAUAGAAUGUUUAACAAGAUAGAUUUUUAAAGUAUUAUAAUAUAAGUACCUUUUCCAACAUAUUAUUAAUGACGCAUCUUAAAAAUAGCAAGUAGGGAGCAUAGCCAGAAAAUGGCUGAAGAGGUACACCAGAAUGAUCAGAAAAGAGGAUGAUACUUGCAUGGCUUCUGGCAUCUUCUCUGCAGUAUCUGAAUCUCAUACUUCUGUUUGCAGUAUCAGAACAUCCAAAGUCCUACAACAAUUACUUAUGUUUGGCCAUUUCUUUUACAUGUAUUUUGAAAAGGCAAAAUAGGAAUGGUAGUCUCCGUCCUUAGGCAGACAGAGAGGGCAGAGAUGAGGGCAGUAAUAAAAAUGGGAUAAUAGGAUAGCUAAUUUGUAGCACAGGUGAGAUUGCUGUGACUGAGAAAAGGCUUUACAGAAGCAAAUUUUCAGAAGGAAUCUGAAGGACGUGACUGGAUAGAA